GCAUGUGUACUCAUGUGAGGAAUGUGUGAUGGAUCUGUUCUUCCGUCGAUUUUACUGCUGCUGUUUUCACUUGAUAUUUGAUUAAUUUAGUGCAUAAAAGGACUUUAAAUAUUACAAUAUUAUAAGAAAAGAUUAUUUGUUUAGUGACGUGGAAUUAUUUGCUCAAUUUGUGUAAUUUUUGUAUUUCGGAAAAAUGGCAAAUAGGAGACCACGUCGCACACGUGCGCUGAUAAAUGAGAGAAAGGUUCACAAUCAGCCAAAGACUAACGAUAAAAUUCAACCUGUAAAGCAAAAAGCUUUAGUUCUCGCGCAAGAAAUUAAAAUUACACGAUUGUUAGCUAAUAAUGAUAAGAAAGUUCGAGAUAAAGUAUUAAAAAGAUUGAAGAAAUGGUUAGUAGUACGAUCUCAGAGUUCAUUUGAAUUCACAAAAAAAGAUUUUUUUACUUUGUGGAAGGGCUUAUUUUAUUGCAUGUGGAUGUCCGACAAAAUGUUAAUCCAAGAAGAGUUGGCUGAAUCACUCAGUAAAUUAGUACAUUGCUUCAAUGUAAAAAAUACUGUUGUACUUUAUACCAGCUGUGCAUUGAAAACACUUGCUAAAGAAUGGUUUGGCAUUGAUCAAUAUAGAUUAGAUAAAUUUUCCAUGUUAGUUAGAAGAAUACUUCGACAAACAUUUGUAGUUUGCAAAGAUCAAUUAUGGGACAUUGAAUGGGUAACAGAAAUUUCACAGGUAUUUGAGGAACUGCUUUUAAGUCCACAAACUGGCUUGGGUUUCAGCCUGCAUUUAACGGAGAUAUAUUUAGAAGAGCUUGCAAAGGUUAGUGGUGGAAAUAUACCGACAGAUGUAGUUCAUCAGUUUAUUAAACCGUUUGUUGUAUAUCUAACAACAACAAAGGAUGACCGACAAAUGAAACACGUUAAUCGCCAUGUCUUCAGGUACUUGAUAUUUCAAUCCGAUAUAGGAUUAGAUUAUAUGGAGAAAUUUGAAGCUUGGAAAGAUGCUGGUUUUCCUUGUACACAUGUGGAUAAUAUGCAAAAAGUAGAGACAUCUGACGUGGAAGAAAAUUCUGAUAACGAAAAUGAACAGCUUGAAAACGAGGUGCAAAGUGAAGUGAUUGAAAAACCUUUAGAUCCAAGAGCUGGUAGAGUCAAUGUGGAACUGCCGCAGAUACCUUUCGAUGCUGCAAAUAUUGUUGAAUUACUUAAACAAUAUCGUUUUCACCAGCAAUCGUCAUCAAAAUCACGGAGACAAAUUUUGAGGCUUCUUGUAGAAUUUCAAGAAUUAGCAAAGGGAAAGAUGCCUCUUGGAAUAAAGAGAGUGAGAAAACCACAAGUUCAAAAGGGAGAAAUGAGUACAAAGCAGGCUGCAUUACGUCUUAUUGAAUUUGAGAAGAAUCUGAAAGGUAAUGAAUCUUCCAUUGAUAAUCCAAAAUGUGAAAACAACGAAAAUCUGAAUUCUGACGUGGAAUAUGGAUACUGCUGACUCAGAAAGUGAUACAGCUCUGACUACAAAGCCCAAUUUGGACAACGCAGAAGUAAAUACAGCGUUUUCUAAAAAACGGAAGAACGAAUUAAUUGUUGAUAAAUCUGACGAUAUACUUGAACCUGCAAAGAAGAAGAAGAAGAAACUGAAAACAAAACCUUGUAACACGGAUGAAAAAGUUGAAUUGAAAGAUGCGCAUGAUACUGAUAUGGCACAUAAUAAUUUAAAACGUAAGAAAGCAAAAAAAGUACAAUUUCCAAAUGUGCAAUCAUCUGAAAAUGUACAGUGUACUUCACCAUCACCAAUUUUUAAAAAAGGUCGGCCAAAAAAAA